CAUAUAUGAGGAGAAGACGCUCAAACCAUCUAAAUUAAUCACGUCGGCAAUUUUCACUACAUUUUGUCGUCUUACAUAAUCGUUCAUUACUUUCACCUUAUAAGGCCUCCACUCUCUCCGUUUAUAACUUCUCUCCCUUCCCUCCCUCCUUCAACUUCAAAUCUUGACUAAUCAAAACUUCAUUGCAGCGAUUCACCCAAAAAAAAAAAAACUUCAUUACAGCCGUACAAAUUCAUGAUCAAUGCACGUAGAUGUUGAUGAGUAGUUUAUAGCUAAGAAAAGAUGGGUCGCGCUUUCUACCCAAAAAAAGAAAAAAUGGGUCGAGCUAAGUUGCCAGUAAAGAGAAUAGAGAACACCACGAACCGGCAGGUAACAUUCUCGAAGCGCAGGAAUGGGCUAAUCAAGAAGGCGUACGAGCUCUCGGUCCUCUGUGACAUUGAUAUCGCUCUCAUCAUGUUCUCCCCCUCUGGUCGUCUCAGCCACUUCUCCAGCAAAAUAAGAAUCGAGGAUACCUUCAGUCGUUAUGUUAACCCAGACGACCGAGAAAGAAACAGUGAUUUCCAAAACAAAGAGUCUUUACUGAGGAUCCUACACGAAAGUAGAACUGAUAAUGAUCUUGAGCUCCAACACGCAGCGCCUGCUGCAGUUAAUUCCAACAUUGAGGUACUUCAGCGACAGAUUGGGAUGUUACAGCGACAACUUCAAGAAGCAAAUCAAGAGAUAAGAAAAUACGAGCCGGACCCGCAGGAGUUCACGUCAAUGGAGGAAUUGGAGCAAUGUGAGAACCAUCUUCUUGACACCCUCAAGCGGGUGUUGGAGCGGAAGGAUAAUUUGUUAGCAAACCAUAUACAAGCUCCAUACAAUCCGUACGAUUUAUGUACCACUAUGCAGCUGCCAAGUUAUCCGUUGCAAAAUGAAGAAAUUGGAUGGUUGCCUGGAAAUAAUCUAAACAAUUCCCAGUUUUCAUUCGAUGAUCAUUCUCUAGUACCAAUAAGGGAUGAUGAUGGGCAGGGUUUAGGAUGGAUACAUCCUUUCCAAAUCCAAAAAGGGGAUCCGUCUUCCUCAAUUGAUCAUCAAGCAUUAGUCCAAGGGUCGUGUUCGGAUAACAACCUGCAAAACAUUAUCAAGUCUCACUUGUUGGAUCCGAUCGAAGGAAAUGUUUCAGCUAGGCCAACAGACUACACAUUCACCGUGCCUGAUUUGAGUACCCUAUCUCCGUCCUCUUAACCAGAAGUUCAGGAUACGGGGCUUCCAGCUAUUGGAGAUGAGAUGAUGUCAAGAAGGGAUCAAGUCGAGGCUAAUGGAUGGUAGCUUGCAGACACAACCGGACAUUGGAGUUUCAAAUAAUGAUGAUGGCAACGCAGAUCCUCUGGCUAAUGUGUAAUCUAAUAAGCAACAUCAUGUGUAUAUAUUUGCAAACACAGAGUAGUUUAAUUUAUCGAUCACCAGUAAUAAGAUCAUGAAAGCAAUAUCAAUAAUUAUAUGUUUCUCAUAUGUAAUAGAAGUUCUAAACGAGAUAUACAAGUACAUGUACUUGAUACUAGCUAGGAACUGAAUGUGCACCGGAAACGAGAUAUCCAA